AUAGUCUUUUCUGGUAUUGGCUAAGCUGAAAGAUGGCGUCCGAGAAACCCGGGAGCAUUGAACAUGCAGAUGAUUCUGGUUUCGUGGCUCUUGAAGAUAGUUUGUUGAGUAUGGAGAAUAUUGACAGGGCUUCUCCAGAUAUAUGGCCUGAGAAGAUUCCAGGUAUGUCAGAUUUUAUGCACAGUUUUUCACCCCCUAAUUCAACCAAGCCACCCUAUUCAAAAACGUUUACCCCAGAAGAUCAGAACUAUCUCCUCCAAUUAGCAUCUUUACCACUUGGUAAUCUUAUAGCAAAAGUGAAGGAAUUACAUGAUGUUGCUUACCAGUUAGGGGUUGAAGAGGCUAAAGAAAUGACAAGGGGCAAAUAUUUGAAUUUAUUUAAUAGAAAGAAAAGGAAUAUUUAGUUAUUUUAAUUCAAUUUAUAUCUGUG